AUGCCUUGCUGCGGUGAGCGCGAAAAGGGUCCCGUGUCAAGGGAGGAGAAAUGGGACUCGGUGAAUCUGGAUGACUUCAAGUCCGAAUCGUGUCUAACGCCCUUCUCUUACUUUUUGGUUUACGUCUUUCUUUUGGUAUCCCUCGCGGUGUAUGGCGUCGACACCUUCACGGCGGUCAAUCUGCUGGCGUUCUCUCGAUGGGCCGGAUCAAUUGAACCGGCUAUUCCCUUUACAGUAUCGCGAUGGAUCUUUGCAGUGUGCAUCAUCAUCUCUUUCGUCCUGUUGUUUCUUCGGUGGCUUCAUGCGAUUCGCGCGAUGCGCUCGGGGAGCAUUGCCCGAAGUUACUUGGACCCUCUGGCUGCCCGGGUCCAGAGUAUCCGUAUGGGGAGACGCGGUCGCGGCUGGAGACGCUUUUUGGUCUUUGCGGAGUUAACGAAGAGUAAGAAGGGCGCAGAGUAUGUAGCUUUGUUCGCGUACUUUUCUUUCGAGAGUUGGAUGAAUACAGUAUUCGCAGAUGGGCCCCGCCAAGUUGUCAAUGCCAUCACUUUGUACUCCGUCAUGAAGAUGGACCUUCUUCCCGGUGGUGAACACUCGGUGGACGACGACAAGGCAGGCAUCGUACAGUUUUUCGAGAACGUCAAGAUCUUAGCCGAGGACAACAACCAGAGAGCCGUGGUCCUGUGUGGUAUGCUCUUCACACUCGUGAUCUGGGUGCUGUCGAUCCUCAAACUCGCAUCCGCCGUGAUUCUCUACCUAAUCUUCCUGUUCCACCAUAUCCCCUCCGAGGAUGGUUCUCUAAAGGUGUAUUGCCGUCGCAAAAUCAACACCCGGCUCAUGCGCGUCGUUCGUCGGAAGGUGGACAAGGCUUUGGCCAAGAGCACCUUGGAUCGCGCGCCGACUCAACCCAACCUCGCCCUGGACCGGAAACCGACCCUACCGAUGGUGGUUGACCUGAAUGCCGAGGACAAGAACCCCACCGUCACGACUCUCUCGCGUUCUACGACUCAAACAACGCUCCCACCGUAUACUUCGCGCCCAGGAACCGCGGCACCGGAGCGAAACCCAACCCUUCCUACCCUUCCCGACGUAUCAUGGGCGGAGAAACCGGCUUUGAGCCGUACGGUAACUCAAUCAUCAGCGCAUUCGGAGUUAACAUCGUACUCUGGGGCUACAGCGGUCGCCAGCUACAGCCCUCUUGAUCGCGGGUCUUCACCUGCGCCGCCUGUUCCUCCUGUCCCUAGCAGCGUGCCGAUGCCCGGCGCACGUUCCUACACGCCGGUAUCACGGCCGCCGACAACCCGGCCAACACGUACACCGGCGCCGCCGUCCGCGACCAACGCGCCAAGCCAUAUGCCGACAACGAUGAGCCAAGGCGACUAUGGGGAAGCGCCACGCCGUUAUCCCGACCCUUACAGUACUGAUGCACCUUACGACGAAAACUAUGGUUCAUAUCAGUCGUAUACUGCAGCGCCUGAUCCUUACUCACGCUCAUUGACGCGUGGAGUUCCUGUCUCGCCUCGCGAUGACUAUCCAACUCGGACGUUAUCUCCUCAAAGUCACAGGGGAACACCCCAGCCAUCAUCCAACCCACAACCUAGCUAUCCCGUACGAGCAUACACUCCAGGCAACGCUGGGCCCGUUCGACCACCGCUGGCCGUUGAUACAGCUGCAAGUUAUGCCGAAAGAACAUACACCCCAGUCUCUCAAAGAGCCACACCCCGACCGCAGCAGCAGAGCCCACAGCAGCAAGGAGGCUAUGUUGCGUUUGAUCCGUCAAUGACCCCGAGCCAGCCAAAUGCCGACGUUCGCCCGUCAAAUUCUCCUGUUUAUCAUGCUUAUAGCGGACCAGCCAGUGCUACAUCGCCCAACGGGCCUAGCAACCGACCACCGCCUGUACGAGCCUAUACACCGCAAGGCUACAAUCGUCAACCGCGGCCCUAUCGACCAGACUACGCCUGA